AUGUUUCUUUUUACUCCCCUUCUGGGAGCUCAGUCGGAUUCCCAGGCUUGCCAAUCUUUACUCGAACUCGAGAAUGGAAUUAAGGUCUUAAUCGAUGUUGGCUGGGACGAGAGCUUUGAUGUGAAGAUGCUGGCCGAGCUGGAGAGACAUACUCCUACAAUCGACCUCAUACUCCUCACCCACCCUACCCUUGCGCACAUGGGAGCUUAUGCGCACGCGUGCAAACACAUCCCGAGCUUCUCCUCUAUUCCCGUCUACAGCACAUUUCCGGUAUCCAAUCUUGGUCGUUUACUAUUACAGGAUAUCUACUUGUCUACACCGUUAGCAUCCACCCGUCUGCUGGAUUCCGCAGCUCCUCCCGUCCCACUACCCCCGACGUCUGCCGAGAUCGACUCGUAUUGUACAAAGAUUGUUACACUGAAAUACUCGCAACCUACACCUUUGCAUUCAGCCGUUGCGAGGGUAUCAGGGAAGUUGGGGAGCAUCACGAUUACUGCCUACUCGGCCGGGCACAGCCUGGGGGGCACGAUAUGGAAGAUACAACAAGCCCAGGAAUCAAUUGUCUAUGCUGUGGAUUGGAAUCACUCACGCGAGAACUGUCUUCGGGGAGCGGGAUUCCUAUCCGGCGGUGGGGUCUCUGUGGAAACUUUGGGGAAGCCAACGGCGUUAAUUUGCUCGGCAAGGAAUUCGGAAGUCGUGAGCAUGGCGGGUGGGAGGAAAAAGAGGGAUGAAAUGCUCUUGGAUGCCAUAAAAAAGACAGCGUUAAAGAACAGUGGCACUGUGCUGAUCCCCACAGACUCUGUUGGACGAGUGCUAGAGCUUGUGUAUCUGCUCGAACACGCCUGGAGAAAAGACCAGGAGUUAUCUUCACGAGCAAAAGGCAAGGGAAUUGGGUUGUUCCUUGUGGGAAGGAGAGUGCGAAGAUUGGGUCAGGUGGUUGGUAGUAUGCUGGAGUGGAUGGACGAGGGGGUGGUUAGAGAAUUUGAGUCAAUUGCUGGUGGAGACCGAAGAGGAAACCGGCAAAGAGACGAUGCGGAAGGAAAAGGAAACGACGGCAACAAGGCUGGUCCAUUUGACUUUCUACAUUUGAAUCUGGUUUCUACACAAGGACAUCUUAACAGGAUCCUGAACGACGGAAACGAACGCGGGAAGGUCAUUAUUGCUUCGGAUUCUAGUCUCGGGUGGGGCUUUAGUCGCGAAGCUUUGAUGAGGCUUGCUAGUGAUGAGAAAAAUUUGGUUGUUUUGACAGAGAGGUCAGACGGUAAACUAGGGUGGGCUGGAAACUUAUGGCAACAAUGGAAGGAAAAGACAGGUAGUGGAGGAGAAGCAAACGCAACUGACUGGCAGGAGGUAUCUCUCGACGGGCAGCGUGCCGAACUAGAUAUUCCUCAUCGGACACCGCUAGAAGGCCAGGAGCUCGAGGCUUAUAAUCGGCAUUUCGCAGCACAACAAGCAUUGACCUCACAACACCAAUCUCUUCUCUCCAAUUCGGGUCUUCCCUCCUCUAUGGGCGCAGAACCAGAUGAUGACGACGCCUCAUCCUCCUCUGAUGACGAUUCGGAUUCUGAGAGGCAAGGGAAGGCUCUCACCACUGCUAAUAGUAAGAAGAUUUCUGCGGCAACUGUAAUGCUCGGUGGUGCAACCCCAUCCAGAUAUGGUGCAGGAAAAGUGGACAUCGGAAUCAACAUCUUGCUUAGGGGGAAAGGUGUAUAUGAUUACGACGUACGUGGUGCCAAAGGGCGAAAUAGGAUGUUCCCAUUCGUAAUGCGGCGAAGGAGAGUGGAUGAAUAUGGCGAAGUCGUUAGAGCAGACGAGUACAUGCGGGCCGAGGAAAAGGCCGAAGAGGAUCUCCUCGAUGCGACACGCGUUAAGGAAGAGCGAGUUAUGGGGAAGAAGAGAAAAUGGGAUGAGAAUGAUGCCAAGAGGGGCGGCCCAGGCACCCGAAAAGGCAAGGAAACUGGAGAUGUAGGCAAAAAGCGACGCACAGGCAAAACGAAAGAGAGGCCAGAUGGGGAUGACAGCUACGAACCAGACGAUGGAGAGCAGGAGGAAACAGAGGAAGGCGAAGUUGAGGAGGAUGAGGCUGAAGAUGAAGAGUCCAUGUUGACCGUGCCUAGCAAGAUUACUUCCACAAAGAUUGCUAUACUAAUGCGGUUCAAGGUAGCAUUUAUCGAUUUUGCAGGAUUACAUGACUCUCGGAUUUUACGGAUGCUCCUUCCACUAAUCGGUCCGAGAAAGUUAAUCUUGGUCGGCGGCAGAGAACACGAGACCAAGAGUCUAGCCAACGACUGCAGGAAACUUCUCAGCGGGCGGGGCACACUAUCCGGCCGAGGCGAGAGCGGUGCAGACACUGACGUUUUCUUCCCUCAAAUCGGCAGCAAGGUCAACGCGGGCGUGGAUACCAACGCCUGGGCAAUCAAACUCAGCGACAACCUCGUCCGAAACCUCAAGUGGCAGAACGUGCGCGGUUUAGGAGUUGUGCACCUAAUCGGUCGCGUGACAGAGGCGCAGGAUAAGAAGGAUGAGUGCCGCAACGGCAAGAAGGUUAAACUCUCCAAGAGCCCGGAGGCAGAGUCUAAAGAAGGCGGAUCACAGGUCGAACAGAAGAAUGCUCUCGUCCUCGACGUAUUACCACCCGCAUUGGCUGCCGCAAUUAGGAGUGUUGCUCAGCCCAUUCACGUCGGCGACAUCAGAUUGGCGGAUCUGCGGCGAGUGCUACUCGACGACGGAUUGACGGCGGAGUUCCGGGGUGAAGGAACGCUGUUGAUUGAUGGAGUUGUUGUCGUGCGAAAGGGCGGGGUCGGUAGCGUGAUCAUUGAAGAUGGGGGAGGGGGUAUGUUGAGGAGAGCGGGGAGGAAUGGCAAGGCAAGUUUCGUGGAAGUUAGAAGGAGGAUAUAUGAAGGUCUCGCGGUGGUUUCCGGGGGUUAG